AUGGCUGCUGCAACUCAAACUGCGCGCACCCCCCCCCCAAAUUCGAAGAUGACAUCCCCCAAGGAUAGCAAAGGUACCCUUCCUAUCGUGACUAAGACCGAAGGUGAGUGCCCCCGAUCUGCAAUGCGAUGCACAUGGCUAACGCGUCGCCCAGCUACCGUAUCUGAGCCAGCCAACACAGACACAAAGCCUGCGACGACCAAUGCAGUGCCGCUGGCACCUCCCCCUAAGCCUUCAACAACCGGCGACACACCCGACUACUUCAACACAGUCCACAACCCCUUCUCGCUCGAGCCCAACGUCUUCGAGCAGUCGUUUGGCGGAAACGGUUCUGUAGAAACACCCGGCGGUCGACCCAUCCUGCCGCCUGUCGCAAACAUCACGUCACCCUCUCCAUUGCCUGGCAUAACGCCUGGCUGGCAGUCGUUGCGCGCUGGUCCCUUGAGCCCUGCUAUGCUCAGCGGCCCCACAGGCCAGACCGACUACUUCAGCGAAUCGUUCAGAGGAUUCCCAACUCCUAACGAGUCUUCCCUGCGUACUGGUCUGACACCCGGAGGCGGCGGGUCUAUGUUCCCUGCCCCCAGUCCCAACACUCAAGCUAUCUUCAACCUCCAAAGUGCUGGUGUUACCCCUGGAACUGGUGAUUUCCAGCAGGCUGCUAUGCGCGCGGCCGCACAGGCUAACCACAACAAGACUACUGCAGCACCCACUUCACAGCCAGAUACGGUAACCGCAGGAAUGGAUCGCCAAAACAACUAUCAGCAGGCCCAGCAACCGCAGCAGAGGUCUCAAAAUGAUCCAUACGCUAACCAUGACGUCAGCAGCGCCGCUAACGACCUGCUCUCAUUCGCAAGUCAAAACGGCGGUGGCGCUCGGAACAACCAGCCACCCUUUUCUAUGGCGCCAAACAACCAGUCGGUAAACGCUGGUCACAUGCCUGUACAACCUAUUGGCGCCGACCACAACCGUCGCAAUACCAAGGGCUCUAUCAACAGCAUGGCCUCUGCUGACACUGGUGACUUCUCAGAGUCUGGUCAAAGUGAGCAGAACAAGGGCACUCGUACACGAGGCAAGAAAGGCGCUGCUAACGGCAAGCAAGCUGCCGGUACCAAGCGCAAGGCCGAUGACGCUCCCAAGGGUGGCCGCAAGAAGGGUGCCGCUGCCUCCAUGGACGAUGAGUCCGACGAAGACGAAGAAAUGAACAUGAAGGAAGAGGAGUUCGACAGCAAGGGCCGCAAGAUGACCGACGAAGAGAAGCGCAAGAACUUCCUCGAAAGGAAUCGUGUUGCUGCUCUCAAGUGCCGUCAAAGAAAGAAGCAGUGGCUUGCCAACCUGCAAGCCAAGGUCGAGCUGUUCAGUACAGAGAAUGAUGCUCUCUCUGCCACUGUUACUCAGCUUCGUGAGGAAAUAGUAAACCUCAAGACCCUCCUGCUCGCUCACAAGGACUGCCCCGUCUCGCAAGCUCAAGGUCUUCACGGCAACGCUAUGAACAACUUCCUUGGCAGCGACGUGAGCCACCAGAACCCAUAUGGCAUCGCCCAGCUGCAACAUAACGGCGUUCACCACAUGGGGAUGCCGAUGCAGGGCCAGAUGAUGAAUCGGUAUGCAUACCAGUCAGGUGCGGAUGAUCGACAGAACGCACGUUAUCAUCCCGUCUCUCGAGAAUAG